AAUUUAGCAGAUUUUUAAAGAUUUUUAGAAACAUUUUCCGCUCUUUUGAAAUUCAGUAAAAUAAAUCUGUCGGUGAAACGGAAGUGGCAAUGCUACCAAUGCAGGAAUGGCGAACGUGACCGAUUUCAUCAGAAUUUCGCAGAAACGAUUUUUCUAGAGCUUGCUUGCGAAAGUCGAAGCGAAAGUGAUGCGAUGCAAACGAAAGCGAAUCGUUUUGCUUGCUUUGGGGCUGCUUUUAGUAUUCAUUCUAUUCUCUAUUAAGAAAAAUCUCUCCGAGUCCAUAUAUGAAACAAUUAGUAGCCUGGUUUGCGACGAAAAGCGUGGAAAAGCCGUACUUCGCGAACUGGUACAGUAUUUAUUAAUUAUGUUAUUUCCGGGCAUAUAAAAUAUAAUAUUAGAAUGUUUAUAAAUAUACCGAUAUAUUCGCAAAUGUUAACAUAGCGUGCAUUUGGACAAGUGUAGCACUUUGUGUGGUUAAUUAGUUCAAUAUUGAAUAUUAUCAAAUUAAUGGUAAACAAUAUAGAGUGUGAUUGCACUAGCUCUUGCACCAUUGGCCUCGUUUCCAUGUGGUUAUUUUCUUAUGUUUCGUGCACAGAGGUUUAAAGGAUAUAGACUUGUGAUUGGGAUGAAGAUCAACAAGAAACAUAUAUCUGCAUGAACUGUGGGAUUUCACCUGGCCACAUGCACCAGGCAAACAUGAAAAUGAGGCUGUGUGGCAAAAGUGUAACAAACUAUACUGAAACAUCAACAAUUAACUUCUCUCACACCAUACAAUCGUCUGACUACAGAAUUAAGAUAUCUGGAAAUGUGUGACUUCGUGGCAAUUUUUGGCAUGUGUGGGUUUGUGGGACCAAAAUUUUAAUGUGUGACUUUGUUUCAUGCCAAAUGUGUAUAUGACUGUUUCAUGCCAAAUGUGUAUAUGACCCUAACUGUCCUGCUAAUCUAGCUAGUUCAUUUUGAUGGCUUGUCUAAUCAUGCUUACUUUAAACCGGAUGAUCCCUCAUCAGAUCGAUGAUCUGUGACAUCACUUUGGUAUAAAAUUGGCCAGACUCUGUUAAAAUAUAGGCAUUAAGUUCAUAUAAGCAUUACAUUCACACUUACAUUCACACUUACAUUCACACUUAGCUCCAUACAGACGAGCAAGUUUUCCUUGUUCAAAAGCUGCAAUUGACUAAUUUUUCAACAUUAUAGGCUUCUUGUCAAAGAAGAUAUUGCAUGUCAAUUUUUCCCAUACAUGUGAACAAGAGUAAGUUAAUUAAGGAAAACUUGUCAAAGAAACUUACUUGUCUGUAGUUGAGCUUUAAAAUAAGAGAUCAUGCAGCUAAAAGUUUAAAUGGUACCUGGUGCACCUUUAUUAUUUUAUUCUGUCCCAGAGUAAGUAAGGUGUGUCAUUUUGUGUAUUAUGUUCUAGUGCCAAUCAUAUUAUGAAGGCAAAAUAACAGGCAAUCUCUGUGCAGAUCUCUGCAAGACGGGUCAACUGACUAUUGAACAAUGCCUAUCACACAAGAAUGACAAUGUUAUAUUCUCGGCAAAAUGGAGGCAACAAAACAUAAUUUUAAAAGCAAAGAAGAUGUCAUCCUACAACUCUUGGGAAGACGUUUUUCCAGGUAGGAAACUUAAAGAAUAUACAUCUGCUAGAACACACUGUUUGAAAUGUACAUAUCAUAUGGAAUUUGCCUGAAUCGUGGUAUUUGGUGGUUGUGGUGAUUGACCAGUCAAUAAUGUGUUUUCCACUGUGAUGUAUCAUAUGCAUUGAUAGUUGAUAGCAUGCCUAAACAGCAGUAGCCAGCUAGGUCAUUUUAUUACUUGUAUAUACAGCACAAAAAUAUAUCUAGCACCACAAUGUGGUGAUGGACAGAUGCCCCUCCCCCUGCAAAAGGGAGAUCGAGCCCUGCAGAUUGCAUGCUAGCCCAAAGGGUCCAACAUCGGGUUCCAAAGCCGGUGCAUAAUCAUGCUCACCACAAGUAAAUUGGGGUUGCAUUACUUAAAUAUAAUGUCAUGCAAAAAUAGUUCUUGUAUAUAAAUUUAAUUAAAACUGUUUUUAUUUUAGACAGUGCUCGUCUGGAGUUAGCUGAUCUUCAACAUGACUUUCUUACUGCAGUAUAUGACCACAUUGUUUCACAGCUUUUUCACUUCAAAGACAUUAAGAGCAAUACCUUAAAAAAACUAUCACCAAAUAAGUUGCUGGCACAACUUUAUUUUAAUGGAUCUGUAACUAGCCUUGCACGAAACCAAAUGCAAAGCCUUUGGCAGUUGCUACGACAGGAUGAAUUUUAUCUUAUGCAACUCUUAAAAGAUUUUAAACACAUUCCCACAAUUUAUGGAACCUGUGGAAAAUUCUAUGCUUUGGAAAAAGUUAAAACAUUAAUUGACUUUGUUGGAGUUGGGUUAAUUUCAGCACCUGUAACUUGGAGAGUCCGUGUUCAACUUGCAUUAGAUCUUAUGGACCUUAUUCAGGAACUUGACUCAAAAUCAUUCUAUGGUUUUAGCUGGCAACACUGUGAUAUACAGCCCAGCAAUUUUGGUGUAAAUAAUGCAGGGACAAUAAAAUCAAUUGAUGUGGACUUGAUGUAUACAAAUGAAAAGAUAUUAGAGAUACUGGGUCAACAGCUUGGUAAUUGCUCAUCACAUAAAGAUUGUGAGUUUUUUGACUGUACAUCACUGUGUAAUUUGGAAAGCAAAAAGUGUAUGUCAUUCAAGAUUUCCAAUAAUUUACAGGUAUGUAUAAUUAGGUGGAAAUUACCAGUGGUGGAUCCAGCAAGGUUUUUUAGCAGCAUGCUGGGCGAGACUAGCCAAACACACCGAACCCAGCACUGGACAGCAGUGUACUGUCAUAAAAAUACACCUUGUAGUUUCUUGGUUACAAUUUACGAUAACCAUAACGAAGACUGAUAACGAACUUUGAAUACCUCAAAUAUUUAAAACUAAGAUAAAGCACCCCCACCCCCUUUGCACCCCAGUUGAUCAAGCCCAACAGGGGUGCACACACCUGUCCACUGCCCCCCCCCCCCCCCCCACCACUGGAAUUACCAUUUCUAAUAAAUGUAAAUUGAAAAUGAUUUCUUAAUAGUAUUGUUCUUCUUUUCAUCUCAGGUAGCUUGCAGAGAUCUGCUUCAAUCAAAGUGGUAUGAAAGUGGCUUGCUUGCUGGCAUUCCUUCACAAAGUGCAACAAAAUUUAAUAAAAUACUGGAUGAAUGCGCAGCAACAUCAACCACGCCUUGGACAAAACGCAAGUACAACAGGAUAUUCAAUACACUUAAACGUUAUCUUUUGGAAGAGCAAGAAGCCAGCAUGACUUUGUAAAAACUGGCGUUAUUAUUUAUAAGGUAAUUCUGUAAUAUAAUAAUAUAAGACAUAUUAUGUAAAAUUGUAAAUAUAUUGUUUUUAAUGCCAUGCAGGACAAGCUAGGAGUUUAAAGUUUUUUUCUGAAACAUUGUUUCCUAGCGAAUGUUUCCCAAAGGUAAACCAGGAAAUAUUGUUUCCUAUCCAUGUUUAUGGAAGGUAAAUAAUAACUAAUUGGAGAUUCCAUUUGUCAAAAAUAUUUGCCAAAUGUAGACUGUGGCGGUAAGCUUACUCGCAAUAAACAAUAUAACCCUUUGGAGAGUAAUGGAAAAUGCCAAUUUUUCAGUUCUCAGCUGAUCGCGUGUUAUUAUAAAUCGCAGGUUAUGCAUGCAGUGAACUUUAAUAGCAAACAAGCAACUGACACGAAGCAAACACGCAACUGACACGAAGCAAACACGCAGCUUAUGUUAAUGAGUUAUCUGGUUAAACUAGUUUGUUGGUACAUUA